GUGGUGGGCCUCACAAACAGCAUGGUGCUCGGGUGUGCUGUGCACUUCCGAGAGUUAUUAGGUCGUAAAAAGAGUCGGGUAAAGGGCAAGGAAUUUGAAAAUUGUUGCUGUGCGCUGGUUUUUCCUUAAUAGUCUGAUGUGAAGAAAGGAUGCUUCCUGUUCAAUAACCCUUAUAAUACGAGUGAAAACAGAAUCUUUUUGCAAAGAUUUUAAUUGGAUUUCAGUUCUAUGCAACCUUGCUCAGCCAGGAUGAGCAGUGCAUGAUGAACGUCUGCUUGUCACUAUGACUGUCCUCUAUCCAAAACAAAAAAAAUGUACAAGUCGACAGAUUCCUAGAGGUACUGCAGCAGACUAUUGAUGUGGGAGUGGACGGAGCUGGCCGCGCUUUCACACCUCGACAAAUGUAUUUGUCCCAGGCUGCACGGUUCUCAAAGCAUGGAAAUUACCAUCAGAGUUUGCCAUCCCGGCAUCAGUGACAGUGGACGUGAGAAACAGUCCUCCAAAUAUUACAGAGUUUGACGCAGAGAGAAGUGUUUGAAGAUGAUAAGGAACGCCUUGGCUCAACUUACCCGUCCUCUAGUGCAGCGAUGCAAGUCUACAAUCGCCUGUCAGGCUGGUAGCGCAUGUCAAGGAUCGGGACAGAUUUCAGGCAAAAAACCUGCUCUUAAGUGUUCAGAGCAGAUACGUGGCCAUCAAACGAUCGGUUCUGCAUCGCUUUCUGUGCCACACCAGGCCGUGAAAUAUGUCCGUGCAUUAGAGGAAGAGAGGCUUGUGGAGGUGGAGUGGGGGGACGGAGGCCACAGUCAUUUUCCUUUUACUUGGCUGAGGGACAACUGCCAGUGUCCAGAGUGCUUGUUGCACUCAGCUCAGGCUCGCAAACUACUCCUGUCCGAGUUGGACAUCAAUACAGGUGUCAACGUUGUUGAAGUAACAGAUGAAUCCAAGGUGUCCAUUGUGUGGCCAGAUCAGCACGCCAGUGUCUUUGAUGCCGACUGGCUGAAAAAACGCUGUUUUUCUUCCGCCGCAAGAAAAGCGACCCAGGAGGAGCUGUUUCUCAAUGAGCGGUAUUACUGGGACCGCAGUCUGCGUAUCCCUGCGGCUGAUUUCCACCAAGUUCUGCACGAUGAUAAAGCGGCGCUGGACUGGCUCCUGGCUCUUCGACAAGUUGGCAUCGUCUACCUGAAGGGGGCGCCAGCAGAGCAGGGCCAAGUUUCCCGACUGGCGGAGAGAAUUGGUUAUCUGAGGUUAACCUUCUACGGGCACACGUGGCAGGUGCAGGACAAGAGCAAUGCCAACAACGUGGCCUACACGUCUGGAAAGCUCAGUCUUCACACCGACUACCCGGCCUUGCACUUCGCCCCCGGAGUGCAGUUCCUGCACUGCGUCUCCCCGGCGAUGGAAGGAGGAGAGAGCGAGGUGGUGGAUGGCUUCCACAUGGCCAUGCAGCUGCAGAGAGAAGACCCCGAAGCCUUCCACACCCUGACGUCGCUCCUCAUCGACUUCACCGACACGGGGAGGGACUACUGCGACUUCAUGCUGCAGUCCAAGAAAAGCAUCAUCGACACGGACGAGAAAGGUCGCGUGUUGAGGAUCAACUAUAACAAUGCCACCCGAGACUCGGUGCUGGACCUUCCACUGUAUCAGGUCCAGCCUUUCUACCGAGCCUUGAGGGCUUUUGUGGACAUCAUGAACCGGCCGCAGAACCUGGUCACCUACACCAUGGAGGCAGGCGACAUGGUGACCUUUGAUAACUGGCGUCUGCUGCAUGGACGGCGGAGCUACGUCAGCAGACCAGACGGGCUGCGACAUCUGGAGGGCGCCUACCUGGACUGGGACGAGGUCAUGUCUCGACUGCGCAUCCUCCGCAAGUCUGUCCACGGCGACGCCUGAGCCACUGCUGGGGUUAUUGUUAUUAUGGUUAUUAUUUUUAUUAUUAUUAUGAGGGGCAAAUCACUGUAGCUGGGUUUAGUUUGAUCAAAUCUGCAUGCACAGCGCUGACUCCAAAUCAUGUGACUGCCUCACACACCCAGAUCAACAAGUGCCCUUGAAGAAGAGAUAAAUCCCAGCAAUGAUGAGCCGUGGUUGCAAAGUACAAAUCGGGGCGUUCAAAGCUUUUGGUGAACCGAUUCCAAACGUCAUCUAUAUAUCAGGUGUGUCAACGAAGCACUGAGACGAGGCUUCAUGAAGCAGUGUCAGCACUCUCUGCUCUGCAGGCUGUUUUAUUCAAGAGAGUGCCUCCUUCUGACACUGGCUCGUGGUGCGUCCUGAGCUCUUGACAUCACGUGACCACGACGGUUGUCAAACCUCUGAGCGCCAUCCAUCGAUGGUUGAAAUAAUGCAGAGACUGCUCUUCUAUGGGCUUCUGAACUUGAGUCACAGCAGAUGACGACUUUUUAAAAAAUAUAUUUAAAUGAGCAUGAACCACAUCCAUAAUAUGUCUGAUAUGAACUUCAUGUCAGCUGAAGCCCAGGACCCAGUAAGUCACAUUUUAUUGUUGGACAAACGUUGUGUUAUCACACUUUUUAAACCCCUUGGAAUUGUUUUUUCCCAGAUAAAUUGGAAUUAGAAACUUCAGUCUUAUCCUCGGUCUAUGUACUUUUUUGUGUGAAGCACUGCUUUGCCAGCUCAAACGCAACUUGACUCUGGAUCAGAUUCGAUCCUGCUGUAGUUGGGAGUUUGGCGUAGGAUGAGCACCUUGGUUUAUAACAGAUUUAUAAGGGACUUAUUAAGCUUUAGCCUGUUGUGAGCAGUUCAUCGUCUCCUUAUAAGCUGCAGUCGGUGAACAGGUCGUUCUUCUUCUCUAUCUGACUGCAACUCACAAGUCCUCACUGUGGGUUAACUCCCACUUUGAGUCUUCAGACAAAAUGGAAAUGUUGUUCGGCACUUUUGAGUGAGAGAAUCAACAGAUUGAUGUUUACAGCAAACCUGUGGUGAGGCCUCAGUGUUGGGCUUUUAGUUCUCAGAGCAUUGAAAAAUAUGCUGUUUUCAAGUGUGUCGAGGUUCAGGGAUCAGCCUUUUCUACAGCUUUAUUGGUACAAAAUAUCUUAAAAGUGUUCUGGUUUGGAAUUUAAAACCAAUCGGGGUUCAAAAAGUUCUGUCAAAAUGUCAAGUGAACUAUUGGUAUUGCAGCGCUGUUUCCGUCACCGUUGUGUGCGGUGGUUUUGUCAAAUUAAUGGUUUGGGUUUCAAAAUGUUUUAAAGUGUCCAAAAAUGCCAAAACCUUUUACAUUUGUAUGUUUGACUUUGCACUUUUUAAAGAAUAAACCGUCAAAUUUGAA